AUCUAAGGUAGAGGGGAGAGAGAGAGACACAGAGAGAGAGAGGGAGAGAAGGAAACAGAGAGGGGCUGAUGCCAGGCUGAUAUUGGGUGAGGAGUGUGUGAAUGUGUGUUUGAAGGGAGCUCUGAGUGAAUGUGUGUUUGAAGGGAGCUCUGAGUGAAUGUGUGCAUAUGAGUGUGUGUGCGAGCAUGUGUGUGUAAGAUCAGGAAGCGGAACACAGUAGAGACCUAGAAGACCUUGAAGAAAGAUGGAGGACAAAGAAUGCAACAGCGGUGGCUUCAUGAGGCUCCUAUCAGAGGAGAGCUGUAGCUCCACUGUGACAGGCGAGUCGUGUGUCAACUACCAGACUGAGAUCUUCAACCAGCUCCCCAGCUCUCUGGCCCGACGACGGACCCACCACCACCACCAGGACAGGGGGACCAUAGAGACAUCGCACCCAGUAGAGAAGCACCCUGAACUGGCAGGAGAAGCCAGAGACAGGGCCUCUACCCAGCCGAUCAGGAGCCUGCCGGUCUGUAUGCAGAGGAAGAGAGAGGCAAGGGACCUGAGGCACCUGCAGACGCGUACUGUUGGCCGAUGGGAGUCAUGGAAACGGAACCAGAGAAUAAACAGGAAGAGGCUUGGGGAGCAGGUGGGCGAGGCAAUGUCAAGGCUUUUGCCAUGGAGCAGCACCCUCCACACCAUUGAAGGAGGGACUAUACUCAUACCCACAGUCGUCUAUGACAGCGAUGCUGACAGAGGACUACUGAGGUUCGAGGGCAAUGACUCGGUUUUGGACUUCUUCGUUGGUUCGGGUUUUCUAGAACGUUCUCCAGUAUUCUAUGGGUUCUAUGCACGUAGUUCUCUGGACCUGCUGUGUCUGAACACGCCCCUCCUCUUCCUCCUCGGAACCCUCACCGUCCUCAUCCUCAGUCUGGUCAUGGUGGUCCGCAGGACGGUUGUAGGCUACAAGCACACGUGGUUGCUAGGCAACCGCUACAACAUCCACAUGAGCUACAAGGUGUUCUGUGGGUGGGACUUCUGUAUCCAGGACCCCGAGGUCGCCGACCUCAAACUCAGCUUCAUCAGGAAUGAACUGAAGUUAUACUUAGAAGAGGAGAGGUUCCAACAGCGGGAAGCAAGGAGGACGUUGGGUCAGUGGGCACGGCUCUACUUCCUGCGAGGGCUGCUCCACUUCCUGGUCCUGGUUCUACUGGGCGGAGCCUUCUGUCUCAUCUACCAUGCCACCAAAGCCUCACAGGCGGAGAGGAGUGGAGACUAUUUGAUCCUCACGGUGCUUUUCCAGUACCUUCCUCCCAUCGUCAUCACCCUGGUCAACUUCUUCCUGCCUCACGUCUUCCGCCAUAUCUCUUCCUUCGAGGAUUACUCCAUCACCACCCAGGUCAAUGCUACCCUCGUCAGGAGUAUCUUCCUGAAGUUGGCCAGUCUGGGGAUGUAUCUCUUCUUCCUCUUCCAAAACAGCCAACAGGAUUGUUGGGAGAAUCAGUUUGGUAAAGAGAUGUACAAGCUCGCUGUGUUCGAUUUCCUCGCCUGUUUCUGCAACACCUUCUUCAUCGCCUAUCCUAGAAAGUGGUUGGUGGACAGGUACCCAUCGUCUUGGCUGGCGCGGUUGUCGGGGAAACAGCAUUUCCUGAUCCCGUUCAAUGUUCUAGACCUGGUGUACAGUCAGACGGUCACAUGGGUAGGACUGUUCUACUGUCCCAUGCUGCCAUUUAUAGAGACAGUCAAACUGAUGGCCAUUUUUUACAUCAAGAAGUUGACAGUUCUCCAGUGCUGUGUUCCGGCCCAGAGAAUGUUCCGUGCCUCUAGUUCUUCAGUUCUGUUCCACUUCAUGUUACUACUGGGUCUCAUCAUGGCAGUCAUCACCCUCGGAAGUAACCUACACAAGUUCGAACCUUCCUCCAGCUGUGGUCCAUUCGUGGGUAGCGCUACAGUGUUUAAUGUAACAGCUGUGUGUGUGGACAGUCUACCAGGACCGGCCCAGUCCACCCUGAGAUACCUGUCCUCAGAGGCCUUCGUUCUGCCGGUGAUACUGGCGCAGAUUGUUGUCCUGACCUCCUUUGAGUCGCGGAGGAGAGCCAAUGGAAAAGCCAUCGAGAGACUGAAGGACAUGCUGGUGAUGAGCACCUCAGAUAAGCAUUUUCUGCUGAAGCAGCACACUCUCUCACUCAGACGCCAGAAGAAAACCUUCAAGGCCCCCACCACUGUUUCAGGCACUAGAGAGGGCAGCCCUACCACCAUGAAAGACCCCUCAGCAGGCAUUGGAGAGGACAGCCAUAUCGCUCAACUGAAGGACCCCUCUGCACAGCCUACAGGCGAUGACAUAAAGAUAGAUAGAGGACUCUAGUGCCCAGAAGCCAGUUUUGGCAUGUGCAGCGACAUUUGGGACUUUCACCAUUCGGAAGUAGUCAACUGAGUGGAACUACCUAUGGUUUAAGGAACAUGAUUCCAUCCAGGUCAUCAGGAGGGUUCAACCAAAGAAUUAUACUUGUGAGGAAACAUUCCAUAACUGCAGGUAGCUGUAAAUUGCCAACCUUGGCUUUAUACCUGUUCAAACAAUACACUCUAGGUGGCAGUAUGUACCCUUUCAGUUUGUUUACCAACUCAUAGAAGUAGUAGAAGAAGAAAAUUAACUACUUCGAAAUGAAGAUUGCCUCAAUGGCUCUUCCCAUGCUACCACAGACGCCCUAUUGGGACAGAUACACUGUUGUGUUCUCUAACUAUCUCUAUGCAGCCCAGAGAGAUAGAAAUAGAGCCCACCACCUAUCAUUGUGUCAAAUGCACCCUCUAUCCAACUCUAUGGAGCAGACAUAGCCAAAUGGCACCAUAUUCCAUAUUUAGAUCACAAAAGUAGUAGUAGAUGUGACCUUUGAGCUUUUUGUCACUCCCUAACAUUCAGGGUUUACUGCUCUGGGCUCUACCUAAAUGUCAUAUACAGUAUUAAGAACAACAAGAGUAAAGUUACAGUACUAGUGUUACUGUACUGAUGUGUUUAGUGGCUAUGAUGCAGUUGUAAAAGCUUAACUCUCAGGUAUGUGGUAUCAUUGGGGAUGAUGUUGCUAUAUAGGCUGUACCUGUAAACAGCGUUAAGGACAGAGUACUACUAAUGUGUACUGAUAGAAUACAGAUGUGUUUAAUGGUUUUAAAUAUACAUGUAAAAGCUCUUACUAUGAAGUAGAUGUUGUUUCUGCAACAGCUUGAGUUUUUUUUUAAAUACAUAUUUUACAUUUGAUCAUAUACUGUUUUUAAAUGUGAACUUCUAUGAAUGAAGUUAUAAAAAAGCUUCUAUUAAAAGGCUGUGUUAUGUCA